GAUUCAACGUCGGCUAUUGGAUGUGGAACGAUUUAAAUUUGUAAAACAAGAGACGGAAUCCGAAUAAAUUGCUCCAAUAACGAAAAUUCGUGGUCGACGAUGAUGUCAUUGCUUCGCCUCAUCCUGCUAACGUUAUUGGUGUUUGGAUCCGGGCUAAUCAGAAGAGUCAUCUCGCAUGAGGAAUCUGGUGAGUGGAGUUGCGAGACAAACUCGGAGAUCCAAGUCCAGGCGGAUUUCAGACCCGGAGUCAUAACCCUCGAUGGUCACGCCGAUGAUUGGAAAGACAUUGAUGGGUUCGAGUUCUCUCUCCUCCCUGCUCUUGACCCGGACGAGGAUCACGAAUACAGAGAUGGGAAAAUGACGGUGAAGGCCUUACAUGAUGGGAAUGAUAUCUUCUUCUUGUUGCAAGUUGAUGGGGACUAUGCAUACUCCAAAGGGGACAACGCCAAAUGUCCAUCUGUAGCUCUCAUGUUUCAAAUUGGCGACCUUGCUACUUAUCAUAAUAUGGGUGGCUGUGAAGAACAAAGGGACUCUUGCACUAACAAGACUUGCAAGGGACAUGAAGUUGACAUUAUGCACUUUUCUAUUGGAAAUGCUAUACCUGGAAGGCUUUAUGGUGGCAAUCCCAUUGAUAACGGAGAGGGAAAUGGAGGUGAUAGGUUUGGUCAUUUGGUUGAUGUGUAUUCUUGGAACCCGCACUGUAGAUACCUUGAUGGCAUGGGUCCUUCUGGAAAUGAUUCCAGUGCACAGAAUGACUGGAAAGGAGCAUGGUGGCACAGUAGCUUCACGGUUCAUUCAGGUUUUGUGGAGGAAGACAACCCUUACUCUACAGGGGGUCAGAAGGGAACAUAUUAUUUCGAAUUUUCUAGGCCUUUGAGAACCAUGGACCGUCUUCAACAGGAUGUUCAGUUCACAUUAGGUGGAUCGAGCAAGAUGUCGGCUGCACUCUGGUAUCCGGUUGACGGGAAUCCAUGGCACGGAUCCGGACACUACACUAUUAACUGUGAUUGGGUGUCGUUGGAUUUCACUUCGGGUGGUUCUAAGCUAACGGGGUCAGCGAAACCAAGCAGCUCCUGGGAUGUCGCCUCUGCAUUCUCUCUUUUAUUCUCAGUAGCAGCUCUUUGUGUGGCCGUAUUUGUAGCAUACCAAGUUUCCAGACCCAAGAAUAUCCCAUUCACACCAAUGGAGAAUCUUUAGAUUAUAUAGAAUUCAAGUCUGCCAUCGUAGAAUUCAUCGAGCUCGAACUUAUCAUACAUGUUAGACAUUGUACUAUUGCUUGUGUUUGUACUGCUUAGCUUGAGUUUGUACUAUGAACAUAUAUUCCUCCCCACUUAUUAAAUUUUUUAAAUUAAAAAGGACAGUUUAGUUUUAGUUUA